AUGUCCUUUACUGUCCAGCAUUACCGUUCUGACAGCUGGAGAUAUGUAGGAAAAUACCCCUUUCUCUUUGCGAUAAAGAGUGAUUUGGAGUCUGAAAAUACGCAACGUGUCUUGAACAUUAUUCGUAAAAGUAGUGUUCCUCGUAGGAAUUCAGGUCAGGGUUCAGAUGUGUCUCCGUGGUAAUGGCCUGGUGUGCAGGCUGGCAGGCAGUUUGUGGGCAGAGGCCACACAGGCUCUAGGAUGUCCAGCACCGCCACAUCGGCUCUGCUGGAGGAAGUUGUGCUCGUUAGCGAGGCUGUGUUCUCCCCUGGGACUCCGAAGCACCGCUCCGAAGAGGACUGCCGCCACCUCGACCACCGGCACCAGCACCGGCUCCAACUCUGGCCAGCAGACUCUGCUGCACACCCCGGUUAUGGUUAAAGAAGUCCUCGAAAGCCUCGCUCUCCAGCCAGGGCAGGUUGUCGUGGAUAUGACCUUUGGUGCCGGAGGUCACACCAAGGCCAUCCUAAGGGCGAUGCCUGACGUGACUGUGAUUGCCCUCGACCGCGACCCUCUGGCCUACCGACUAGCUCAACAGCUGGCAGAGGAACACCCGGGUCGUGUGUAUCCGCUGCUGGGGCGCUUUAGUGAGCUGAGCUCCCUGCUGAGCGGUCUGGGCUUCGUCCCGGGGAGCGUUAGCGCCGCCCUGCUGGACGCCGGCUGCUCCUCCAUGCAGAUGGACAGCGCCCAGCGCGGCUUCGCCCUCAGCAAGGACGGGCCCCUGGACAUGAGGAUGGACGGAGAGCGGUUUCCCAGAAUGCCGAGCGCGGCUGACGUGCUGAAUGCCUUGGAUCAACAGGCGCUUGCGUCGCUCCUGCGAGCCUACGGAGAAGAGAGGCACGCCGGCAAGAUCGCCUCCGCCAUCGUGCAGGCACGCCGCAUCUACCCCAUCCAGCGCACCCAACAACUGGCCAGCAUAGUGGCAGGAGCGAUGCCGCCCUGUGCGCUGUACGCGCGGCGCGACCGGCUGCAGAGGCCGUCCCACGUGGCCACCAAGACCUUCCAGGCGCUGCGCGUCUUCGUCAACGACGAGCUCAACGAGCUGCACGCCGCGCUGCAGGCGGCGCAGUCGCACCUCCAGGCCUCCGGGGGCCGCCUGUGCGCGCUCACCUUCCACUCGCUGGAGGACCGGCUGGUCAAGCGCUUCCUGAGGGGGGAGGAUCUCGCCGCGCCGCCCAAGAUGUCCAGCCGGCAGCGGGUCAGACGGGCGCUUCGGGCCCGACGGGAAGAGGAGCGGGGUGAGGGGCAGGACGUGUACGAGGACGAAGAUGAGGAGGAGGAGGAGGAGGAGGAGGGGGAGGAUGGCGGCGGCGGUGGUGCGGGCUGGGUGAGUCUGAGGAGGAAGGUGCUGACGCCGUCCAAGGAGGAGCUGGAGGUCAACCCGCGAGGACGCUCCGCCAAGCUCCGUGCCGCCGUCAGGCGCUGAGCGACCUUUGACCUCACAGGCUGACUUUGUGACUCUGAGGGUCACACUCUGUGUGUGUGUGUGUGUGUGUGUGUGUGUGUGUGUGUGUGUGUGUGUGUGUGUGUGUGCGUGUGUUACAUGUCUCUACCCUAUCAGUCAGUCAUAACUGUUUCUCCUCAUGGCCAUGACAACGGACGGAGGUCAAGAGGUCAAGAGAACACUGAGUAGGUGUCCUGGGUUCACAACCUGUCAAUCAUCCAGGGCUUUGUUUGUAAAAGGCUUGUCCUCUUUGUACAGCCACCACCAUUAAAGCACACCUACAGUAUAGGUUAAGAACGCUGUGGUCCCUAUGCCCAAGUUCUUUUCAACCCGUCAGGCCACUUCCACUAUUUUGCGUUGUGACUAGGUAAAUGAAUGGCAGGCUGGAAUGUCUCCAAGACUCUGUGCCUUAGCUGCAGCUGAGGUCAUCAAUGGAUUGUUUCAUUAGAACAUGCGGCCCAGUACAUAAGAUCAUUUCUGGUAUUCAUUCAAUCACUUCCUGGUUGGUUGGUAGGAGAGCCAAUCCCACUGGUGACCAGCGGAGCCAAUCCCACCAGUGCAUAGUGUUGAGGUGUAUUGCCAAGACCCGCCUGCUGUGAGCCUGAGUAGGGGGAGUUGGAGAUCACACAUGCCUUUACGAUGUGUUUAUGCACUGAGCAUGUGUACCGUGUAAAAGAUGUUUGAUACACACAAUGACAGUUAAAUGACUGACAUGGAGUGAUGUUCUUAGAUUCCAUUUUGGCAAAUGUGGGCUAAAUUGGUGCUAGAUUUUUUUUUGGUGUUGUUUUUUUUUUGAAGAUUUUUUUUGAACAAACAGGGUCAUGCUAUUAUUCUAUGUUACCGCGGUAGCACAACGUCUCCCAUCGUUCUGUGCAUUAGAAUAACUGUAUGCGGAUGUUAAUUAAUGUGUGUGUGUUAUACUGUAGUCUUGAAUGAUUAGCAUGUUAUUCCACUCUCCGUGUACAACUCCUACUUUUCAGUUUCUUGUCUCUACUUUUCACCGAGCAUACGCAGCCACUGUACACUGUUUUUUUGUUUUGUUGUUAUUGUUGUUGUUGUUGUACUUUCAUUUGAUGAACAUAAAUGAUGAUGGCCCUGAGUUGUCAGUUUAAGAAUGGACCUGCCCAAAUGAUUUUUUUUUAUUCUAUUUUUGUUUUUGAAAUAAAGCGAGAUUCGGAUGAA